AUGAGCCGGCUCCUGAAGGGGAAUCAAGCCGAUUGGGACACUUUCAUGCCGACCGCGACACGAUUGAUCGAAUCUUUUGGGGCAUUCUAUAACCGAUCGACCGAUUUCCGAGCAGCGCUCAAGUGGGAAGACCUCAAAGCUCAAGGCUACCGGCCCGUCAAGCGAUCCAAGCUGCACUACCGAUGGUGGGAAGAAGAACGUAAACGAGGCCGGGUCCAGCCUGAUCAUGAACCAAGCUACCCACUCUCCAACCUCCAUGAUCAACCCAAAACGCCCUUCGCGAAAAAUCCGACUGGCCCGCAGCGCCGGCAUUUCAGCACUUUCUCAAUCGCACAUCGCAACCAGGAUACUUCGCCUGCUAACCUCAAGCGACCCACUUCUCGUAUUCUUCACAAAAACUCUCCAGAUGUGGUCAACAUCGUCGGCGAUCAUACAGCCUUUGCUUUUCCCGAUCUAGAUUACACUCUCCACGAUGCCGAUUCUGAUCCCGGGACUGCCGUGCGUCGACAACUGGGCGUCUCCCCAGGUGCCAAAGGUAUCAGAGGACUCAGACCGGGAAGCUUCCUGGAAUUAAGAAGAACCAACCAGUCAGAGGGUGGAAUUCUCGUGCGAGCUCAUGGUAACGGGGUGGUGUAUGUCAAUCGAGCUGGGGAGAUUCGAUUAAGCAUCUUAGACAAUGUGAUGUACAUCAUGCACGGCAUCGUCUCAGAGGAUGUAGCUUCGCGGGCAUAUGACGAGAACUACUCGAUCGAUGGAUUGAACGAUCCCGUGAUUCCAGUGAGUUCGUUGGAAAUAAGCCCAGCAGAACUUGCCGCGAAGGGGGAAACAAUGGCAGCUGCCCGGCGAGACUGCUGUCGUGCGCUCCGAGUUCUUGAAAAGCGACUUGAUCAAUGCCACUCGAGCCUCACUAAGGCAGGCUCUUACAACCUCUACUCUCGAUUCCGCCAUCCUGACCCUCGAAAGUCCGCCCAACUGACGAGUGAACAGGCUGUCCGAUUCUUGCUGGGCCCGCAUCACGCGCAGGAUGAAGUCAUGGUCUUUGCACUGCAUCAACAACUGAUGGAAAACGCCGAUAUGUUCAUAGCCAAUGCACGAGAAAUGCGCGACGGAUCCAGUUUCUCGGUCCAGCCAUCUCACACUCUCACUGCGCUUUACACCGUCAGAGGUUGGAUCGCCCAGGACUCAAGCCAACUGCAGAGUUUCGUUGAAAAGUGUAAAACGAUCGUUCAAGCACAACGACAACAACAAGCUAGCGUCAAUCCAGACACUCAACUGAAAUAUGCCUCCUUGACGUUUCCAACCUGGACCCCGACCGAUCGUAUGUUCAUCGAAGUCUUCCAUGCCAUUGCCAUCAAUCAACGGAUGAUUCAGGAUCAGCCCUACAGCACAAUAGCCGCGUGCAUUUUGAAGAAAAUCGGCCUGUACGAUUCGGAGGCGAUGGCCAAAACUUGGCCGUCAUUGACCUUCGAUCGCUUCGGGGCCAUCGCUCUCUUGAAAGACUUGGGGAUCCUGCCGGCUUGGCAAAGCGUUGGACUUUGGAAUCCCGACUUGGAUCUGACCGAGAGGAUCUCUGAACAAUUCAAGACUGUUGCUCAUUCUUCUAGCCAGAAAUCCAAAAACGAAAGCUCUCCCCCUUCAGUCGUUCCGCCUUGCCCAUCCUCGCCCCACUUGAAAACCGAUCGAACUUUGCAGCGGUCCCCGUCCUUAUCAGACGAUCCCGCUGAUUCAUUGCGACACGAUUUCGGCGACCUGCCUGUUUACAUCAUCGAUGAUCCCGGGGCUCAAGAGUUGGAUGAUGGCAUUUCAAUCGAGCUUAUCAAUCAAUCGCCCGGGCAACUUGAAGCUUGGCUCCAUGUCCACAUCGCCGAUCCCACUGCCCAUCUAGGUCCAUCCGACCCAAUAUCCCUACGUGCGCGAGCAUAUCUUGAUACUGUUUAUCUUCCUGGAUUCACUCUACCCAUGCUUCCGUCGCAAUUCAUCGAACGUCAUCGAAUGAGUCUUGGUUCGAACCACAAGUCAAGUCAACAUCAGCACGACCAGAAGACGCUCUCGUUCAGUGCUCGGAUCAACCAACAGGGAGAGAUUAUCGAGUACAAGGUCCGACCGGGUCUGAUCAAGAACACCAAACAGCUCACCUAUCAAGCCGUUACCGAGGUCCUUGAUGGCCCCAAAGCAUCUGCGCAACGCGUGAUCCAUAUUGGCCCUGAUUCGGACCGGACCAGUCGAGGUGAAGCCAGCUCGAACCGGAAUUUAUCAUCCCAAGAGCUUAGCCAAGCCGAGCGAGAUCAGAUCCUAGAGUUGGGUCGAUUUUCUCAAAUUCUCACCAAGCGACGAGUGGAUGAUGGCGCGAUGGGAUGGCAUCUGCCAAUGGCCCAAGUGUCCAUCAAGUCCGAUCCGAUGGUCACGCCCAGUUUGGGGAUUCCUCCAGCCCCGCGUAUCGCCGUCGGUACACCGUCAUUCUCCGUCAGUCUACCCGGGCCAAUCACUGAUUUCAAGAGCCAUUCCUGGGGGAUGAGUAGUGCCCAGACGCUCGUGAGUGAGAUGAUGAUCAUGGCCGGAAGACUUGCGGGUCGGUUUUAUGUUGAUUCGGGUGCGUCGAACCAAGACUUUCGGCUGGCCUUCCGAUCCCAACCGUCGCCAGACCUAGUGGGCUCGACUCAGAACGAGGAGAGCUGGAAGGAGCUACGGAAAUCGAUCGAUCCCAGGUCGGGCCUAAUCAGCCCGUUCAAGUUCCAGAAAUCCAGGAUCAUGUUCAUGCCUGCCGUGAACGGCUUAGAGCCGAUGGACCACUUCCCACUGGGGAUCAACGACCGCUUUGGGUAUUGUAAAGUGACGAGUCCGUUGCGACGAUACAGCGAUCUGGUGGCCCACUGGCAGAUCAAAAAUGCGCUGCUGAGAGGGGCCGAUCGACGGCCAUAUGCGGACUCCCAGGGUGUGCUGUCGUUGAAGGGGAUGAAGGAGCUGGUGGAUCGGAUGGACCGAGAGAGCAAGCCGAUCGUCAACCUGGACCGAAAGAUGAGCCUCUCCUGGCUCAGUUACCUCCUGCGCCGGAUGCUCGCCGACCGGGCCGGCGCAUCGGACUCGGUCAAGAUCUGGGCCGCGGAUGGCAGCGGGUCGGAAGGCUUCAAGACGCUGGUCAGCCAGCACCUGACGGCCAUCAUCCUCCAGGACCCGGUGCUGAUGCGCUUCACCAACCGCUGGUCGUUCAAGGCCUACAUCCCCGAGCUCGGCUUGCGCGCUAGUCUGAUCACCGACGAGGUGGAGGACUGGUUUGCCGGUUGGGUCGACCAUCAGCAUCAUCUCCGCCCCACCGAUACGCCGACACCAUCCCUCUCCUCCUCUUCUUCUUCUCCUCUCCAGGACCAUGACCCUGUGGGCCUGAGAGUCCCCGUUUAUAUCGCUUAUAUCAAUCAAGAGGAUCAUCUCAUCUUGAAACUCGACCGUAAUCGCCCCAAUUUCCUGAUUGAAUCGACUGUUUAA